AUGUCUCGAGUGCCACACCUCGUGCUGAUUGUGCUGGUAGCCACACGCGUUUGGGCAACGCAUUACGAAAAAGCAGAGGGAAAACCAGAGAGGUGCCUCAAAGCACGCGCAUAUAUCGUUUUUUUUGACGUGCAGAGUGCCGUCCAUGCCGCCAAAGUCGAACGCCAGUGUGUGAGAAGGGAGGAGCCAGGAAUGUAUCACAGCUCCGUCGAGAUGUCCAAAGAUGCACGAACGGAUUCGCGCAGUGCAGUACCCUGGCUGAAGUCGAGCGAGCGGCGAACCGCCGUGGAUGACUCCAAGUCGGGUGGUGUGCGAGCUGGGAGGUUUUAG